UAUGGAUCUUGCAUUUCUAGUAUAGGAAAUUUAAUGGCAGAUACAUUGACAGAUCCAAAACUUGAAUUAACUAAAUUAGCACCUUAUAUCUAUUUUAGUGGUAAAGGGUAUAAUAACUUUUUAUUUAUUUUUAGGAUCAAUGAUUUUGGAUUCUAUGAAGAUUGUACAAAUUAAUACUAAUAUGCUGUCAUUCAAUUCUUUGUUCCUUCAACUCCAGCCUCUGUCAAUGUUGGAAUUUGUUUUACUAAACAAUGUUCCAUUUCAGACAUCAAUUCUUCAAUUUAAACAUUAAAAAAAUGGAUCUUGGCAGUUGCCUAAGAUAUAUCAUAGGUCUUGAUUUGAAGUUAUAUUUCAGGUUGAUCUAACUGAGUAUGAACUCAAAUUUCUGGAUUCACAAGUUAUUGCAUAGCCUUAAAUUACUACUUAUAUAUUAAUUUCAUUUUUAAUAGCAUUCA